AUGGCUGCUGACAACCACGAAAAAACAAUUAUUGAUUAUGCUACAGAAAAUCUUAUUGAUGAAGUUGAAAAAUGUUUGAAAAAUGAUGUUCCAGUUGAUGUCCGUGACAGUCACGGCAUGACGCCAUUACAACAUGCCGCAUUCAAAGGUCACGUUGAAAUGUGUAAAUAUUUAUUAAAACAUGGUGCCAAUGUAAACGAUCAUGAACAUGAUCAAGGUUAUACAGCUCUUAUGUUUGCUGCACUCUCAGGUAAUAGUCAAGUUGUUCAAGUUCUGCUUGAAGCUGGUGCAAAACCUCAUCAAACAAAUCGUAUAAAUCGUACAGCAGCACAAUUAGCUGCAUUCACUGGUCAACGGCAAUGUGUUGAUACAAUCAAUAAUUAUGUAACAUUAGAUGAUCUGAAAUAUUACACAAUACCUCAUGGUCAAGAAAAGGAUGGUAAAUUAGUCAAAUCGUGCGUAAGAUUUGCCAAGGGCACAGCUACUGAUGGUUUUCGAUUGUAUGAAGAAAAAUUUAUUCGUCAAUCUAUUCGAGAUUUUCCGUAUAAAGAAUGUCCAUUAUUGCAACAAUUAGUGAGAACAAUUGCGCCCAUUCAAAUUGGACAACGUCCAUCUGCUUUAUGUGUUUUAACUCAAAUGUUGAAUGGUCGAACAUAUGAAGAUGAUGAAACAAUAUGUGAUGCAUGCGGAGAAUUAAAUGCAAGAAAACGAUGUACAGCGUGCAAACAAGUAGGAAAAGCAAAUUAUCCUUCUUUUACAUAGCUUAUCUAUUUCAAAAUCGUCUAUUUUCGACUUGAUCUUUUGUAUGUCAAACUAUACAGUGACUCAAAUAAAUAUUCAUUCAAUCUGAAAAGAAGUUUUUCUAGAAAAACCCAAAACUUUAAAAUUUUACUGUUAGAUAGAGCAAAAGUGUGGACUACAUUUAUGGCUAAGUGUAACUUUUCAAAUAAAGUCAUCUGUUUCUAUAUUUUGUUUGAAAAAAAUUCAUAUCAUAUCGUCUGAAUAUUCGGUUUUACAAUAUGAUCAAAUGUAAAAAAGUUUACUUAUAGAUACAAAUGACUUUAUUAAUGAAUAUUUUUUAAACCACUGUAUACGUUUAUAUUACAGUUGUGAGCGUAUGGCUUUUACAAGACUAAUUUUCAUAUUGUAGGUAAACUAUUGUUCCGAAACAUGUCAACGUUUACGGUGGUCAACUCAUAAACAACUAUGUGCAAAACUAGCCAAAGAAAAAAUUUCGACCAGUAUACAAAAUUAGUUAGUAUACUCGAAGAAAUAACGGAUAAUUAUCAGAAAAACAUUGUCUGACGCAGUUUCCUCCAUUUAGUAGAUGUUUUUUGUAUUAGCCGGUAUUUUUAAUGUUCCUUUUUAUUUAGAGAAAUGAUUUUUGACAAUGUUAUUGUUGUUGUUGUAUAUAUUUUGUCACAUCUAUUUUACCUCUGCUUUUGUUACUCGCACGGAUGGAAGGAAAAAAAAAACGAAAUUUCUAAGUUCUACUCUGAUUUCUCGAAUUCGAGAGUAAAUAGACCGUGAUUUACUCUGACGUUUAAAAAAAAUAGAAUUUAUUCCGAAAUUUGUGUGUUCACUCUCCCAUUCAGAAAACUUCUUGACGUCCCCGCUCACAUCUUUCAAAAAGAUGAUAGAAGUUGUCAGCUAUUGAUUAUCUUUCUGUGCUGUGCACUUCUGCUUCUGUGCACUGGCGAAAAAAAGUUUUAGAAAUUUUUGGCAGAAAGUUGCUGGUAGAAAAAUGUCAAAAAUUUUGCCAGAAAAUCCAAAAAAAUUUCCAGGGAGCUGGGGGGGGGGGGGGGGGGGGGGGGGGGGGGGGGGGGGGGGGGGGGGGGGGGGGGGGGGGGGGGGGGGGGGGGGGGGGGGGGGGGGGGGGGGGGGGGGGGGGGGGGGGGGGGGGGGGGGGGGGGGG